CGGGCAUCAAAUGCCCAUCAUUUGCGAGAUCCCGAUCAAAACUCGGAGCCUCGCUCCAUUCCGACGACACUCACCUCUUCUCAACAUCUGGCCUGACAAACAUGGGCAGCCUAUAUCCUAUUCCAGCAGGCAUAUCUCUCCUUCUGGCUGUACAUGGUCUACGUAAAGGCUCACUCUCCGAAUCAGGGGCCAUCUCCGCGUUCCUCGUUGGAUACGGACACUUGGCAAACCCGACCAAGGCUUUCGGCGUAGCUCUCAUCGUGUUCUACUUCAUAGGCUCCAGAGCGACGAAGGUCAAAGCAGAGAUCAAGGCGAAACUUGAAGAUGGGCCGGAUCCCUCUAAACCUGGAGGCAACAGAAAUGCCAUGCAGGUCAUCUCGAAUUGUAUCCCUUCGCUCUUAGCUGCGCUUUACUUUAGAUUCGGUCCACUAUCACCAAGUGAACGCCUCACGCAAUGCCCAGUCGACGGUUUACAGAAACAGCUCAUAUACCUCGCGUUAGGCCAACUCGCGACCAACUUUGGCGACACGCUCGCUUCGGAACUUGGUAUACUAUCACCCGUCCGGCCGCGAUACAUCCUCACCGCACGAUCAGUCCCACCAGGGACAAACGGGGCCGUAUCGACUUUGGGCCUGCUCAUGUCUGCCCUAGGAGGAGCCAUCACCAGCCUAGUGAUGAUCUUGACGCUGGUCAUUGAACGAAGGGCAUGUAAGAAUGAUUUGAGUUGGGCUUGGGAGAUGCUACUUUUCGGUAUGGGAGCAGGAUUCUUCGGGAGCCUCCUCGACACAGUCCUUGGAGCGACCUUACAAGAAACAAUGUACUCGACAAAGGACAAGCGCGUGCUCACUGACCAUUCGAGUCGGUCGACGAAAGAAGCUGGUCUCAAAAAACUGGGUUUCGGUCUAAACGUCCUCAGCAAUUCUGGAGUCAACUUUGUCAGCGGAACCAUCAUGGCGGGUCUGGGAUGGCUUUACGCCGCUUGAGGUAGAUGAAUGCAAAACCAAGACAAGCAUGACAGUUGGCGCUCAUAACAAUGCAGUCAUUUAAUGCAGCGGACCCUUGCCAUCGUUC